AUGUCCGAGAGAGAAAACUCACUUGAAGACACUCAAUUGCCUACGCCAGCAUCUACUCCAUUACCCCUAGAGGACCUUGACAAAUUCGAAACUGAAGACCAACCAGGUAGCUCUGGUUCAUCAGUCUCAGCACCUUCAGAUCAUACCACGGUACCCAACGCCUCCAACUCGACGUUAGUCAUGGCGUCUAAUGAGUUAAUUGAUACCGAUACUCCGGCCCAGCGCCAGUCCAUCAAGAUGACUUCUAUCCUUCAUAAAAUUGCGAUCAGUACAAAGUUAUCCUCAUCAAACUAUGUAGCCUGGUCCGAUGGCAUACGGUUUGGUCUCAUGGCGGCUUCAUACGAUCAUUACCUUGAUUCAGAAGAAGCCGGUGCUCAGGGUAUCAAUCCAGACAUCCACUCAGCCACUAAGAAAGCCAUAUUUUACUGGUUACUCUCAAGCAUAGAUCUCACUCAGUCCACAAGAUUCAUUUCAAUGAUUUCAAAAUUCGAGAAUGGAAUCAAGACAACCGAUCCCUCUCCUUCUUUACUCUGGAAAACAAUCCGAGAUUAUCACAUUAGUAAUUCAGAAUCUGUAAAACUUAUGCUACGUAGUGAGAUCACAGACCUAUCUCAAGGAACUACUAAGGAUCUACUCGAUUACAUAGACAUCUUCAGAGCUAAAGUAGACGCUUACCUAGGAUCAAACGGUGAGAUGUCGGAAGAAGAACAAGCCCGUCAAUUUGUUCGCUCACUCAACCGAGACUGGGCGGAAAAGGGAUGUGAUUUAUUAGAUGCAGGCCAUGUGAAGUUCAAGAAUCUUGAAACCGAGCUGAAGAAAACAUACCAAACCCGAAAGAUGUUUUCUUCGAGUCGACAACAAUCUAGUCGGAUUGCCGAAACUUCGGAUUCCAGCCAAGGAAAUCGAAUUGUAAGAACAAGUGUAUUGGCCGCGAUCAUCCUACCAAACCUCAUGAUCAGGCCGAUUGUUUUCAUCACCCUAACAACACGGCUAAGAUGGAAAGCUGGAAACGCUCAAAACGAGAUGCUGGCGAAUGGAUCGAUUACCCUAGAGGUGGACGCGGUAACGGACGUGGAGGUUUUCGAGGGAGUCAACGAGGAAGAGGCCGUGGUCAAGGCAACAGUCAAACUCAUAUGA